AUGGCUGACAGCGGCGGCGCAUCAUCCACUACAGGCGGCGGCGGCGGCGGCGACCAGGCAAACGCAAACCCAUCACAAAGACAAUCAAGGCGGGGCGGUGGAGAAGGCGGUGGCCGGGAUGGUGGAGGCCGCGGCCGCGGCCGCGGAGGCGGUCGUGGGCGGGGUGGUGAAGGUGGAGGACGCGGUGGCGGUGGCCGCAGUGGUGGGCGUGGUGGUGAAUCACAACACGGCCCGUCGGAGGGCGGCAACCAGCGGCGACGAGGUGGUGGCGGAGGUCGUGGCGGACGGCUUGGCAACGGCGACCACCGACGACACGCUUCUGGCGAUGCUGCAGAGAGCGGAGACACCGCGGCUAUCCCACAACCAUCUCGCAAAGAUCCACUUUUGCGGCCGCCGCAGCCAGCUGGCGAAGGCAGCCGCGGCGAGGACGGAGCCGCCGGUGACGACGCCGAGGUGUGCUUCAUCUGCGCCAACCCGGUCAUCCACCAUGCUAUUGCGCCCUGCAACCACCUGACCUGCCACAUCUGCGCGCUGCGCAUGCGCGCGCUCUACCGGACCAAGGACUGCCCGCACUGUCGGACGCCGGCACCAUAUGUCAUUUUCACAGACGACCCGGCGCGGCGUUUUGAGGACUACACAGAUGCCGACAUCAGCAGCACCGACGACAACAUUGGCAUCAAGUACACCAACGAGGACAUUGUCGGCGACACGGUGCUCCUGUUGCGGUACAACUGCCCCGACGAGAGCUGCGAUUAUGCCGGCUUUGGCUGGCCCGACUUGCACCGCCAUGUGCGCUCGACGCACCACAAGAAGAUGUGCGACCUGUGUACCCGCAACAAGAAGGUCUUUACUCACGAGCACGAGCUGUUCUCAGAAAAAGCCCACGAGAAGCACAUGCGGCACGGCGACGACAAGCCGGGCGCUGUGGACCAGACAGGCUUCCGAGGCCAUCCGCUCUGUGGCUUCUGUGGCGAGCGCUUCUACGACGACGACAAGCUGUAUGAGCACUGUCGCAACAAGCACGAACGUUGCUUUCUCUGUGAUCGGCGGGACUCGCGCCAACCUCACUACUACCGCAACUACAACGAACUGGAGAAGCACUUCCGGAAAGACCAUUUCAUCUGCUCGGACCGUGAGUGCCUCGAGAAGAAGUUUGUCGUCUUUGAGGCCGAGCUCGAUCUCAAGGCGCACCAGCUGAGCGAGCACGGCAACUCGCUGUCCAAGGACGUGCGGCGCGAUGUGCAAGUCGUCAGCAUGGCGGACUUUGACGUCCGUGGCGGCGAGAGCCGCGGUGGAGGUGGCCGCAGCCACCAGGGCCGUGCGAGCCGUGGUCGUGAUCCCAACGCGGACGCGCCCGUUCCCACGGCGUCUUCCUCCCAGACCAUGCGGCGUGACGAGAUUGCGUACCAGCGCCAGCUGGCCAUCCACUCGGCGCAGUCCAUCUCCAACCGCACCUUUGGCAGCCACCUGUCCUCGCCCGCGCCCACACCCGCACAGGCUUCACGCCAGGCCUCUCCAGCCAAUGCGAACGCGGCAACGACUGGCCGGAACCCUCCUCCGGGCAACGCCUCUUCCGCCUCCACUUCCCCUGCCGCGCAAGCUUCUCCAUCUUCGACGGAUCAGCUCCUCGACCCGAUGAGCGCCCUGAACGUUUCCGACAUGGCGAGCCUCUCACCUGCCGAUCGCGCUCGUCUUGUGCGCCACGGCGCUGUCAUUGAGCGCGCGUCUAACCUGCUCGGGAGCAACCCCAGCAAGGUCAACGCGUUCCGUUACAACAUCUCGUCGUACCGGUCGGGUGCCCGCAGCGCUCCGCAGCUGAUCGACGCGUUUUCGAGUCUAUUUUCCGAGACAAGCGACACAGCGCUGGGCAGUCUGGUGCGCGAGGUGGCCGACCUGUUCGACGACGCAUCCAAGGCCGACGCCCUCCGCAGGGCGCUGCACGACCGGCGCGCGGCAGCGGGCGGUGCCGAGGGCAGCGUCCAAGAAGACUACCCGUCACUCCCAACGCUCGGCGGCAUGCACGGCGCAACGACCUCGACAAGCGGCUGGGCGGCUGCAGCGUCGGCCAAUGCACCGUCGGCAGCGAACAGCACCAGCUCGUCUUCGUCGACGCGCGUUCUGCGGCUGAAACACAGCACACGGCUCGGGGGGCCAUCGACGUCCUCGUCGUCUGUGAUUAGCACACCCAGCUCGCGCGACCCAAGCGGUCGCACAGUGCCUGGAGCCACAUGGACAGCGCCUUCGCGACCCGCUGCUCCGGUCCCGCCGCGUCCCCAGACCUCGGCGGCGUUCCCAGCUUUGCCCAGUGCCACCGGCAAGAAGUCGGCAGCGUCGUCAUCAUCGUGGGUGAAUGUCAGUGGCAGCGCGGGUGGUGCGUCCACGCUCGCGGCCCGUGUCGGUGGCGGCACCAGCGGUGGCAGCAGCAAUUCGACGCCCGGCCGCUAUGCUUCCCUUUCGGCACCCGGCUCUGGCACCAGCACACCCCUGAGCAGUGCACGCCGCGAGGACGCGUUCCCAGCAUUGCCUGCGGCGCCCAAGCCGCCACCACCGUCCGUCUUUGGCUACGGCCGCAAGGCGGUGCGGCGUGACCUGGGCGGUGGCAACCAAGAGACGGGCUUCUCGUGGGGCGGCGAGGGUGCUGCAGAGGGCGCUUCGUCUGCUGCACCCGUUGAGGCUGACGACGAUGCCGGCAAGGGCAAGAAGAAAGGCCGGCAGGGCAAGAAGGUGCUCGUGCAGUGGGGUUAA